AUGACUAUUCAUAACAUCUUUGGUAUCUAUAACACCCUAUUCACACAUAUUGAUAAGGCGAAAGCGCAGCUAGCGCGAAAGAAGGUUGGUUGGAAGAGGGUGAUAAAGUCCGCACUUGACCGUGCGCGAGAUAAGCUUACAGAUCAAGACGUCUCUAACAUUGAUACCCUUCUGAGACCUACUACAUCUCUUCAGCCAAAAGUAACGGCUUUACGCGGUACCGUCGAAGCAACGCCUCUCGUUUUCUGGAAAGAACACAAAAAUGAAUAUCCUAUUCUAACAAGUCCUGCCCGAGACAUCCUUACAACACCAGCUAGUGGUUCUGGCGUUGAGCGUUUGUUCAACUCUGCCCGUGAUAUCUGCCAUUAUCGCCGGGGCUCACUGAAACCGCAGACCAUCAAGGAAUUAAUGUUGUUUUUGUGUACAACAAAAUUCGACCUGCACUCAGAGCAGCUUGCCUUGAUUGAUGAGUACCAUGAGCAUUACUGCGCCGCAUUUGUUUUUGAUCCCAUUGGAAAUAAUGUGGAGGUGGCUAGCCAUUGCCCCGAAGGCCAAAAGAAGUAUUUUGCUACUGUCUUCUCUUUGACACAGGGUUUGGUGCCGGAGAAAUGA